CUAGCAGACGACGCAUUUCAGGUGCCCUAACAUAAUGUCCAUGAACCAAGGCCUGUUGAAGGACAGCAGUCAGAUCAAACACUUGAACACAGAAACACUCUUGCAUUCGUUUGAUCGAUGGCAUACAAGCUUCCAAAGUGUCCUGAAGGAACACAAUGAGCUGAGAGAAGACAUUGGGGCAGCUGCUCUGGAGAGACAUCGAUUGACUGACGCAAAUCAGAAAAUGAAAAAUGAACUCGAUGCUGUUCACGAAAUGGUCAAGAGCUCCAGCAAUCAUCUGGAAAGAAUUUGUACUUUGGAAGACGAGAACAGAGAACUCAGCCUACAAUCAACAGAGAUGGAGGUGGCACUAGAAACUCUACAGAAGCAACUAUCAGAGGAGAAGCAGACCCACAUCCAGGCUCUGCAGCAAACGAAGGAAGAUGUGGAAGAAAGGAUGGCCAAGAUUAACGAAAGGCUCAAGACAGAAGCCUCAAUUGAACGUGAGUUGCUGCAGCGUCAGGUGUCCGACCGCGAGAGGGACUUAGAGGAGGCGGAGGACAACCUGAAGCAACUCCAGAACAGCAAAGAUGCAGAACUGUCCAGGGUCUCUUUGGAGUAUGAAGGAAAGCUGGCCCGACUGCAGCGUCAAAAGGCAUUGAGCAACCAGAACCAGACGUCUUCCGCCAACAGUGACAUCUUCAGAAAGAAACUUCAAAACAUGAAGAACGAGUACGAGACAGAGUUGUCCCGCCUGAGACAGACGAUUGCAGGGUUGGAACAGAGGCUUGCAGAGACCACCAAUCUGCAGACGGGGAGUGUCUUCCAACAGACCCAAUGGCAGAGGCAGACAAUGUCCAUGGGAAAGAGGAAACGAACAGCAUAGCACAUUGUAUAUAUAGCUACGUUUGUAAUUGCACUUCAAAUAGGUCAGUUCAACUGAUGUGGAGCUGGAUAUAGAAACUAAACAGGCGAAUGAAUGACAAUCAGUGUUGGGAAAAGAAAAUUACUCUGAUGGGGAAUUCAACAUCUGUACCAACA